AGAGAGAGCGCGAGCGAGAGCGUAGGGUUAGAACUGAGAGAAGGGGAGAGAGAGCGAGAGAGAGGGAGAGAGAUAGACAUACACAGAAGAGGAGGAGGAGGGGGAGGCUCCUGAUACCAAGACACGGAAAAGCAGGGGAGGGAAAGAGAGAAAGAAAAAGGGGCUGGUGGAGGAAGAGGAGCGGGGAGUUGGAGAAAACGGGGAAUAAGACUUACAGAGAGCAUACAGAGGAGAGGAAGGAGAGUACCUAGUGCUUUGGACAUCCCCUCCUUUCUUCUCUUAGGCUGUCACACCAGAUUGGACUCCGAAGGACCGACACCACGUCCACCCCAGACCCCAUGGGGUAACAGCAGAUGUUUGGAGGAGAGGCUUUUGUUCAGCUACACAGAUGAACAACAGGAAGGAGGACAUGGAGAUCUCGUCUCACUACCGUCAGCUCCUCAGAGAGCUCAAUGAGCAGAGGCAGCAUGGCAUCCUUUGCGAUGCCUGUGUCAUUGUGGACGGAAAGAUCUUCAAAGCUCAUAAGAAUGUCCUCCUGGGAUCGUCACGCUACUUUAAGACUCUUUACUGCCAGGUUAAAAAGGGGGCAGAGCCUCACCACCAGACUACUGUCACUCAUCUGGAUAUUGUCACAGCAACAGGCUUCAAAGCCAUCCUGGACUUCAUGUACUCGGCGCACCUUGCUCUCACCAGUAAGAAUGUGAUUGAGGUCAUGUCAGCUGCCAGCUACCUGCAGAUGACAGAUAUUGUCCAGGCUUGCCACAGCUUCAUCAAGGCUGCACUAGACAUCAGCAUCCGCUCAGAGAUGGCUGAUGAGCUGGCCGAUUUUGAAAUGGGCGCUGUGGCUGCUGCUGGCCUAGGUGGAGGCGGGAGCGCUGGAGGUGGUGGAGGAGGAGCUGGUCUACCAGGGGCAGGGGGUGUUGCAGGAGCUGGUUUAGGAGGCGGAGGGGGCAUAGUGGGCAUGGCGUCUGAAGCCCUUGCUUCCAUCAUGUCUGGUCGCAGCACCUCUCCUUGGCUGGCUCGCCGGACCAGCCCGGCCAACUCUUCUGGGGACUCAGCCAUCGCCAGCUGCCAUGAGGGUGGCAGCACGUAUGGAAAGGAGGACCAAGAACCACCGAAGAGCCAUGAGAGCCAGGAAGAAGCCUGCCAUGACUCUCAGCCUGCAUGGCCUCAUGACUAUCGGCCUGGCAUCACUGUCAAAGAGGAACAGGUAUCCCCUGCCUCCUCCUCUCAUCCCCGGGACACUCCCAGGGGGGCAGCCCAAAGCCAGGCGGAGCAAGGGACUGGGGGACCUGGUGGAGGAGGUGGAGAAGGGCCCUGGCAACCUCUGUCAGGAUCAGGGCGAAGGAAGAACAGGAAGAACAAGGACACAGUCAGACAUAUUACCCAGCAGGCUGAGAGGAACUGGGACCGCGAGCGGGACAGAGAGAGAGAAAGAGACAGUAGGCCUGGAUCUCCUCUGCCCUCCAUGCUGGCUGUAGCUGGAUGGAACUACAACGGGCAGGAUAUCCCAGGGGCAGACGUGACUGAACCCAACAGCUCAGACAGCCGUGGCGAACGCCUCGACUUCUUCCUCAAACAGGAAGAGCCUCUUGCCACAGAGCCCAGCUUCCUGGGCACCAACGAAUUGGAGGAGGCCGGGGGAGGAGCCGGGGGUGGAACAAUCUCAUCUGUAGCCAAUCUGAAGGCAGCGCUGAUGAGUAAGAACAGCCUGCUGUCACUGCGGGCUGAGAUGAUGGGAGAUGAUAACCCCUUGUUGUAUGAGUACCUGCCCAAAGGAGGACACUCCCUGUCUUUGAAUGACUUCACGGUGAUCCGCAAAAAGUUCAAGUGCCCCUACUGCAGUUUCUCUGCUAUGCACCAGUGCAUCCUAAAGAGGCACAUGCGCUCCCAUACUGGUGAGAGGCCCUACCCCUGUGAAAUCUGUGGCAAGAAGUUCACCAGAAGGGAGCACAUGAAGAGGCACACACUGGUCCACAGCAAAGACAAGAAGUACGUGUGUAAAGUCUGCAGCCGAGUCUUCAUGUCAGCAGCCAGUGUUGGAAUCAAGCAUGGCUCCCGCCGCCACGGCGUCUGCGCUGAUUGCUCUGGCAGAGGCAUGGCCGCACUCCUGGACCACAAUGGUGAGGUGGGUGGCGAUAUCUCUCCGGAGGAGGAGCUGUAUCCUGGCGACCGUUUCCACGAUGACCAAGCAGAGUGUGAUGGAGAUGGAGAAGGGGAGGAGGAGAUGAUGGUCGAAGGGGACGGAGAGAUGCUGGGAGAAGGGGAGGAAGACAGAGGGAAGUGGAAGGACUCAGGGAUGACCGCUGAGACGCACGGAACGCUGGACAAUGAGAAAGAGGAGAGUGACUCCUCGGCACAGGAGGGGGAACAACAGAAUGGGAGCGAGAAGGACUUUGCCUGGAUCUCAUAGAGUCUGUCCGGCUCCUGUUAGUGACCCAUCGACCGAUCUCUGAAGAUCUUUUGUGAUCUCUCAGGCAGAAUCCUCUGCUCUCUUUACCCAUUCGUCCCACUUGGGGCAGGCCUUCCUUUGAGUGGAAAUGCUGUAGGGUGAUGCGCGACAAUGAUCUAAUACCAUUACGAGUAACACUCAAAUGCACACAUACCGACAUGCACACACUUUUACCACACACACACGCACACACGCACGCACGCUCUUCUCAACCUUGACUGCCAUAGUAGAGGAAGAGAUGGCUCAGUGCAAGGCUUUUUCUGCUUACCUCCUUUAAUUCUGAUGCAGUGUUUUUGUGUUAUUUUUCUCGAGGGUUCAGGCCAGAGUCCAGUAGUUUUCUACUCUGUCAAAACAGGAAUCAAUGGCGGCGCUGCCAAGGACAUGGCCAACGCCAGACUGCUAUGUAUGUUUGCCAUCACAAUCAUCAUGGAAAUCAAGGAUCACUGACAGUGUAGGGAAAUAGCCAGGAGGAAGGCUGUCUUGGUCUUAUAACUAUGACUAUAAUGCUUCUGGGAAAAGUGUCUCCCUAUGAGUGAAGGGGGGGUCUAAAUCUAUUGCAAAGCUACGUGUGUCAGAGGACCGGGCAGCCCAAUGGCACAUUGUUGAGUCCUACUGCCACAGACUUGCACUUUAAUGACAACUGACUCCUAUCAAUACCCUGAACCCGUGGUUUACAUUUUUGAUCUGAUCUUUACUUACCUAAACAACUCGGUGACCGCACCUACCUUUAAGGAUAUACUUUAUGUCCUCUUGACUGUUAUCACGAAAUAGAAAUCACUGAAUCUUUGUGCAGAUUGCUGUUUAUAUAGCCUAUGCCUUUCAGUGGGGUCCUUAAUCUUUUCUUCACUUAAGUUUACCGCCUGGUUUCUAUUGAUCCAUUCCAAGAAAUACUGGAGUUUUGAGAAAUGUACAUAAAGUUUUGUUUUGGUUUUGGGGUUGUUUUUUGGGGGGUGGGUGGAAAUUUAAAAGGGGACUGUAGGCUGUGCGAGACAGAGAGAGACAGAGAGACCGAAAGAUGCUUUUUAGCGUUUCAGCCGUCUUCACCCACAGAGUGGACAUCAGUUUCUGCUUCCUGUUUUUAAAAUCAAUUCAAGCACACAGUGGAUGCUCUACACUAAUAACUCUUUCCUUCUCUCUCGCUUUCUCUGGUCCAGAUUCUCUCACACUGGAGGUUGUGACGAUAGGACCUGAGAGCUAAGUCUCUCACACUUAAGGAGGAGCUGCCUUCGUGUAAAUUUUUUUUUUGGUUUGUUCGGUUGCCGUGUGCGCGUUUUAAGUGAGUCAUGUAAUUCCACUUGCUGGAAUCAGAAUAUGCAGACUCUUUCCACGAUUCUUUUGCUGAUAUGCUUUCUCUGGCUUUGCAAGGUUAAAAAAAGAAGAAGAAUUGCAGAAUUGUGCUUGAAAUUCAGAGUUUGCUCUUUGCAGAGAGUGUAAUUUGACUUUGUUUUGUUUGACAGCUAUUUAUUGAGAAACCUGUUUGUUUAUUUGUGGAUUCCUAAUUUUCAGAAGUCCUUCCCUUGCUCUCGCCCUCUCUGUACGUGUUGAGUGGAACAGGAUGGCUGCUUGUAUGCAAGGAUGAGUGUCCAGUGUCCAAAAGAUAUUCUAUAUUCAGUUCUUAAGAUUAUUUCCAUGUUUUGUUUUGUUUUUUGGUUUGUUUGUUUUCGGCAAAGUUGACAAUUCAAGUGAGUCAGAUGACAUGUCUUAUUAUUAUGAAUAUCAGAACUAUGAUUACUUGUUGUUGAUGUUACUAUUAUUAAUUAUUAUUAAGUGCUGGAUGCUAAGCUUUAUGGUGUGUUCUUUUUUUUUUGGAUAUUUUAUAUCUUGUAUAAGAAAAAAAAAGCUUUUAUACUUUGCCUUGUUGUGGACAGCAAGCCAUGGGGCUUUUAUCAAUCUUUUAUUGUGCCAGUUUAUGCUUUCUCUGUCGUAUUUGCUUUUAUUUUUAUUUCUUCUUUUUUUUUUUUACCAGGGGGGAAAACACAUUCACUGUCAAACAUCUCUGUUAGAUAUUGAUUGAAACAUGUAUUCAGCACAUGCUUUUGCAUCACUAAUGUACACUAAUUGAUUAAUAUCGAACCAAAAACAAUCUAGUAAUUUGUAUACAUAAAGUGCUUUUGUUUCACGGUCUGUGUGUGCAGGUGCUUCUGGAUUUAUUGUUGUGGUAAACAGUUUUGUUGUUGGGUUGUUUUUAUUUUUUUGAACCUGUCAUUAUUCGUCACAGUUUGGAAAAACAAAAAACAAAAAAGUGCACGUUAUGGUAUUAUUGUGAAUAUGAAGGGCUGUGUGAAAGGACCAGCUAGCUUUUGAAGACCGCAUCCUAAAACCAGGCUGAUUCUUUUUCCUUUCUUUUUUCUGGCUACUGCUGUGUCUCACGCCUUUGAUGACACGCAAUCAAGUAGAAAUACAAUGUGCAGACGAAACACGUCUAUCGGACAGUAGAGCGUUGAGUCCACAUGCUGUAUUCCUAUAUGUCAGUGCUUUCCUGGCUUGACCCCAGUUCAUUUACAUAAAGGGAAAGAGUGCUGCAGUAGUAACUCUGGGAAACAUUUUGUUGCCAGUGCUGGUCGCACACAUUUGGCCUCUUCUGUAGGUGCCAUGGACUGCACUUCCCAUCAGCCCCUGCUGAGAGACUCUCAGUACAGUGAGAUUUGUGAUGCUUUCUUUAUGUCUGACAGAUAUCUUUAUUUUAUUUGCAUUAUUUAUUGUGCUUUUGUUUGACCCACUUAUCAAACAGUUGUACUUUUCUGGGGUGGAAAAAAAAAAAGAAAGACAAUGGGGUAGAAUAUGUUUAUGAAUGUCAAUGGUGGGUGUGGAAGGAGCCCAUAAUCGGUGGCAAAUCUCUGUCCUGUGGUGCUGUUUUGGCCCCUGAGAGGCAUCUGGAUGUAUGUGUGACUCCCCCGGCCCCCGCGCUCUUCUCACGAUCUGUACUGUACGUCUUCUUCCUCAUUCUGGGUUGUACUUCAGGAAAACGUCUGCCAUCAACCCCUCAAUAUGUGCCUCAAUGACAUUUCACCUGUGUGCUUGCAAGAGUGUUUGUUUCCAAGAGACGACUGAAUAUUUGUAACUCAAUGGAUAGAGAUUAUCGAGAUGCGACCGAUCAGAUUAGAGGGCCGAAACGUUCGAGGAUUUUGAAAACUUCAAAGAGACAAAUCAUGAUGGGCGACCAGAUUCUCCUUCCCACUGUGUGUUGAUGACCUUUUGUGCCCUGAUUCUGUGGUCUUAACUGCAUGCCUAUGUUCAUUUUGUCAUACCAAAGCGGCAUCUUCGGCAUCUGCACACAACUGUCUCAUUCCACACGAUGCAAAACUGGAAUUUUUUGCUCUAUUGCAGAUGAAUAUGGGUAUUCUUAGACAUGUACAAAUUGCAAUCCUCAUUUAGCCUGUAUAGCUUGAUUCACACGUGCAAAUCAUGAAGCCAUAGAUAUGGGUAUAUCUAUAUUAUACUAUAUUUCAAAAUUGGCGCUUUUUACUUUAGAUUUUGUUCUUCUACUAAGAGUGAUGUGUGUAUACCUUCAUAUAUAUAAAUUUAUAUUACUAUUAUAUAUUAUUUAUUUUCUCCCUCAAGUUUCAGAGGGUCUCUGAUUUGUAAAAGGUCGCACUUGAAGCUUGAGGUUUGUUUAUUUUCAUUGGGAAUAUUGUUCAAUAUGAUGCUGACUUUAUAUUAUCAUAAUCCUGUGUUUGUAACAAAAUGUGCUAAAUAAUCAAAAAAAACCUGUCCUGUUUUUACACCUGUUUUGUUUUGGGCAGAUUUUAAGUGCUCUUGUGCUGAUAUUUUUUUGGUUGAUAGUACUGAUCACAAAACAUUUUUACAGUCAACCAUGAGCCUCCUGUUUUGAUGUUGGGACAGGCCCGCCAGCCGUCCAAGCCUCUUUCUAAUUCAUGUUUAGUGGAAGAAUUAGCUUGACUAUUAUUUGCAAAAACCAAUCAGUCUCAAUAAAUUUUGAAAUUGCUGCUGUAAAGAAGUGA